CGACGUUGUCGUAUUUUUGAUUUACGUAUCUCGAGACUUUGAUGAUUUGUGGUAGUGUUGGUGGUAGUGAAGCAAAAGAGUCAUUGUGGAUAGCAGUUCUACUUUAUUCAUUGUUAUUAUUUUCGACUUGAAACGUGUGAAGUGCAGCGGAUUUCUUCAAUAAUUGCAAUUAAUAUGCGAAACGGAAUGGAGGAUUCGAGUCGGCCAACCACAACGACAAUCAGUACAAUUGCAAUAAAUGCAGGCAAAAAAGCAACAAUUGUUGUCGCAUUGCUUAAGAGCGUCGGAUAUGCAUCUCUUCGAAUUGAUGAAAUGCAACCGCGAAUGCUUGAACUUGGAGAAAAUGUGGAAGAAACAGGUAUUCUGCUAGCAACUCAUGAAGAUCUGAUGCAUCGGCUUAAGAGUAAGGAAGAUCAAGUAGAAGAGCUGCUUGCUCGAGCAGAUAAUUUAGUAAUACAGCAAAAGGAACCUGAUGUUCACGUUUACGAAGCAAUGGCUGAAAGUUUGGGUACAGCAUGGAAAGAGCUAAACUGUCAACUUCACAUGCGAGGAUUUUUACUUACUGAAACAAAGCGAUUUUAUGAACUAGCGAAACAUCAUGAAGGAAUUAGUUCGAAAGUGCGAAAUAUGCUUCCUAUAACGAUUCAGCAACCGAAUACAGACGACCUAAGCGCUACUAUCUUACAAAUUCAGCAACUCAUCGACGAAUUGAUCGAUGUAACUGCAUCAGCUGUAGAUAGCGGAGCUGAUGUAAUAACACAAAUUCGAGUGCUGGGCUCUAUGGCUGAUAAUGUAGAAAGUGUCCAGGAAACUGCCAAAGCGUGCUUGCUGAUCGAAAAAACUAUGUUAAAGAUGGCGGUAGAGUGGGAAUUGCUUGAAGAGUCCUGGAAGAACGAACGAUCCAAACUAGAAAUGCAAAUUGAUGAGAGCGGGGCGGUUCUGUCUCAUAUCGAAGAAAUUGAAAAAUGGCUUCAACAGGCACGAAUGGAACUCGGUGAUGGACAAAACAUCAACGCACUUAUGCAGCAAGUUCUAAAACAACUCAAAGCACUAAAAGAUAUCAUAUUGACUAUCGAUCGAAGUGGCGCAAACGCGAAUCUUCAUGGACGAGUCAUGUUGUUGCAAACUGAUCUAAACAAAUUUAUGCAUGAAUUGAAACAAAGAAAAGAUGAAAAUGAUAGGGUGAUCGCAUGGAUUGCAGCUGCAAAUACCAUGUUGAAUCAAUUGGAUGCAAUGGAAACAGAUAUGCGUAAUGCUAAUGCAGCAAUGGCUGGAGAACUGGCGCCUUUGGCGAGGCAAAAAGCAGAAAAGGUAAUUGAUGAUGGACGGCAAAUUGAGCACACUGAUCGACGUAUCAAUCGAUUCAUAAUUGAUAUCCAGAAUAAACUGAAACAGAUCGAGAAUUUGGCUUGUGAACGGAUUGAUGGAAGCAAAGAACUUAUCAAGGACCAGCUAUAUUUUUUCGAAAAAUGGCUCACAGAAACCGAGCAGUCAUUUGUGAUAAAUGGCCAUUUAGGCUGCAGUUUGAGUGAUGCCAUUCAGUUCCAUAAAAUUCACAAGGACAUGUUCAUUGAUAUUGUAAACAAAGGAUUUGAGCUAAACGGUUUGUGGAACAAAGCUCAUGAAUUAGGUGCAGUUGAUCAUCAGCGUUUGGAAGAAUUUAAACAACGAUACGAAUCAUUAAAAGAAGCGGUAGACGAACGCAUUAAUCUUGGUACUGCCUUCCAACAGGUGCAAAAAUUUGCUAAGGAACUUGAGAAUUCAUUUGAGAGUUUAAACUCCUUGAUUAGCUCAGACCGUACUUACAUGAAUGAGAAAUUACUCAUACAAAUGAAGGAAGUUUUUCGUAUGAUCGAAGAAACAAUUAAACAAGAGAAACAUCAAGGCAAUCAAUUCAUUAACACAGCUCAAUCAGCAAAGGUAAAGGAUUCGAGGCUUGACAUUGAGCAGUCGAUAAAUUCAGUGCGCAAUGUACUAAACGAGCAUGAACAACGACAGAAAAUAAUUGGGGAAACCUGGCAACGGUGGCAAGAUAAGCGAAUAGAGGAACAGAAAAUAAUUCGCAUUGUUGAGGAGGUCCAAAUUUGGCAAGAAGAGACAGUAGAGAUAAUUCGUGUCGUAGAGGAGAAACUGCAAAAUGCGACAGUGAUUGAACAACACGAAGAAGUGACAAAAAUAAUUGAGGAAAUCGAGGAACGUUUCCAAGAACAAGAACGAAGGAUCGAAGAAGCUGAAACAAUCAUGAAGGAAACUGAAGGUGAAGAAGCAUUUGAAAAAUUGGUGAUAGCGAGAAAGCGCCAGAAACAAAUUGAGGAACGACUUGUACAACUAAAUGAGAGAAUCCGAGAUAUGGAGAAGCGAAUUAGCGAAACCGCGAAGGAAAUGAUGAAAGCUCCAGAAAUCACAAGUCACCUACGUGACGCACAAGUCGACGAAGGUAAUCGAUUCGAAUUUACCGCUUAUGUCAAAGGUGAACCGGUACCUGAAAUACGGUGGUUUAAGGACGGUCGAGAUGUGAAGGAUAAUAUUGAUUACCGUACUGCAUUCGUCAAUGGGGUUGCUACAUUGACCAUCGAUGAAACAUUUGUAGAAGACACUGCCGUUUACACGGUACGUGCUCAGAAUGUCGCAGGUUUGGCCGAAUCUUCCGCAAAACUUGUUGUCAAAUCUAGGAGCGAGAUGGAGCGACAGGUGGAAGAAUCAUUUAAGCCGCGUUUUAUCCGACAGUUGCGCAAUAUCACCAUCACGGAAAAUGACGACGCCUUUCUCGAUUGCAUUAUUAUAGCCGUUCCUGAACCAAAAGUGGUUUGGUAUAAGGAAGAGGAAGCGAUCAAAGAAUCGGAGCGUAUCAAACUUCAGUUUGAAGGCGAUCACUGCUCCUUGAAAGUGAAGAAUAUAAGGAUGAGUGAUGCUGGUCUUUACACCGUCAAAGCAAUGAACACCGUAGGUGAAGCUACCAACUUCUGCCGUCUAACAGUGCAAUCAUCCCCGACUUCAAGAAGUACUAUGGUGCCACCCUCAACAUCUUCCGAGCCAAAGUUUUCAUUGAUCACACCAUCAUUUGCACCACCACUUACCAAUCAAGUGGUUCGGGAAGGUGCAAGGACUGUUUUUGAGGUACGCGUAUUUGGCGAACCACCACCAACGGUUCAUUGGAAACAUAACGACAGACUACUGUAUACAAAUCUGGAUAUGCAUACGGAGAGUGAUAUUAACGGAUGGUAUCGACUUGUCAUUGAAAAUACCGCUUCUAAACAUUCCGGAAUGUAUACUGUAAUUGCAAAGAAUAAAGCAGGUGAAGCACGAUCAGGCGCUACGCUGAAUGUGGAAUCUCGGCGAAUGCCACUGGAACAGAGGGAAACAAAUGUUGUUCAAACUUUAGUAGAAGGUUUCUGGAGUGAUUCUGCGAUAAUGUCAUCGCCAACGCCACCGCCCAUACCUAAACAUCGUUAUCAUUCAGAAAUUGAAGAAUACGCAGAAAAAUUAGUCACCGAAAUUGGUUGCAGUCCCACGGCUACUGUGCCGGAAUUCAUUCGACCAUUCCAGAACGAAUAUGUUGUCGAAGAAGGUGAAAAAUUCAAGAUGGAUUGCUUGAUGAUUGGUAAUCCACGCCCCAAAGUGCGCUGGUAUUUCAACAAUCAGAUCAUCAAUAUUAACUCCAAAUUCUGCACGUUGUCAAACAUUGGUGACACGUAUUCGGCAAUAUUGGAACCGGCUCGUUUGGAUCAUGCCGGUGUCUACAAGAUGACGGCAGAGAACAUACGAGGUGAAACGGAAUCUGUAUUUAUAGUGCGUGUACUACCUCGAUCCCUGAAACCUACCACAGUUGAGCAUGUUCAUGUAACCGAAGAGUACGGCGCUUAUGAGUAUGAGCAACGAGUACCCGAUGAAAAGUUUUCACAACAGCUGGAGUAUAUGAAUGGUAAUUUGAGGAUGCGUGAAGAGGACCAUCGUCGUCUAGUGGCCAAACAACAUUCCACAAGACCUCUCUCUCCCCCUCCGGCAAAGAAACAACAAUUACAGACAAUACAUUCCCAGCAGCAAAAUUUAUCAGAGCGUUAUGAUAUUGAAGAGAACCGACAACUUGGUCGACCACCGCAUUUUACGCAAACUUUAGUAUCUGCAGUAGCUGCUUGCGGCGAUGAAACUAAAUUCCAAGGGAUUGUUAUUGGGUGGCCUACUCCUGAAGUUACUUGGACGAAGGAUGGUGUUCCAAUAUCCAAAGCCACUAAUCCAGAAUUAAUUUUUUCCAACAUAGGUGGUCAUGUGUCAUUGACUUUUCCUACUUCACAGCGUGAACAUUCCGGCAAAUAUAUGUGUACCGCGAAGAACUCGUCCGGUGUUGCCACAUCAAGUGCCCAACUUGUCAUUAGGCCACGGACUGUAGCACCUGAUUUUGUACGGCGUUUGAUUAGCGAGGAAAUCGCAGAAGGUGAUGAAUUGAAAUGGACUGUUCAAGUAACCGGCGAUCCAGUCCCAUCGAUAACUUGGAUGAGAAACGGCCUUGUUAUUCCACAUUGUGAUGAAGUUCGCCUCACUGAUGAGGGUAAUGGCAUACAUUCAAUGGUUAUUGUUAAAGUUGAAAUGGCGGACAGUGGACAGUUUACUUGUCUUGCCGAAAAUAUUGCCGGUGAAGCUCGUAGUACUGCCGACCUUGUCAUACGACGUGCUGGCUCUGAACCAGGCAGUUAUUUCCACGUGACAAAGGUAACGCAAGAGAAGAAGGUGAAGGGCGAGGAAGUGAAUCGAAACGAAAGUUUUUCAAUUGAAAAUCCACGCACAUCAACAGGCUAAAAUUGCAUUUUUUAAAAAUAUGUGCCGCUGGUGCUCCAUUACAUUGCUAGUUUGCUUAAUUUCUUUUUUGUUACAUACUUAUCUCUCUCGAGUCUUUUGUAUUAUUGAUGCUUUCACUCUGAUAAACUUCCGAAUUUUUUUUAUAAUGAGUCCUGAUGUUUUGUUUGUUGAAAAAUAAGUCUACAAAACUUCUGACAGACUACAGUGAAUGAGGCAUUAUAAAUGCUACCCAAUAAAAGGUACCCAAUCGUUGCAAAGAAAAGCUGCAAAUUUGAUUAGAC